AUGUCAGCUCCAACUGCAAUCCAUGGCGGCACGGCGCCGCUAGCUGCGUUAACAACCGUAUUUACGCCACCAUGUCCCACAAGCUGGCUCUUGACGACCACCAGGUUGCUGUCCCAGUACCCGGCUUUUCCGACGACGGGGCCAGCAUCGUGCGAUCCGCCCGCUUGGCCGACCAACAUCGCCAAGGCUGGUUUUCAGUAUUACUCCCCGGCCAUCUGUCCCCGCGGCUUUGUCGUCGGUCCCAGCUGUGGCAUCACCAAAACACGGACGGCCGAGGGCUUCCCCGCCAUUGCGCCCGGAGAGACUGCCGUGUACUGCGUGCCUAUCGGGUUGACCUGCACCACAGACACAUCUGACUUCCGCGGCGGCGUAUGGGGGUUCGCUCGUGAUGCGACAACGUCUGGCGCUGCUGUUACGGUUGGACCUGCGCUCCAAAUUCGAUGGGUCGAAGCCGACCUGACCAUGCUCGAGACACAUCCCCUCACGCCGGGUCUCAGGCUCGCGGGGACCGAAGCAGCAACCGGAGCCACGCUCCUGACGACCGUGAGGCCGGCAAGCACGAGCACGAGCACGAGCACGAGCAUGAGCGUCAGCGCGAGCACCACUAAUGCGCCACCGAGACAACAGACAGCAGAGGGCAACCAGGCCUCGCCGACCACUCUGCUCACAGACCCUAAGGCCGGGCCGGAGGAGAGCCUGACGCUGAUAUUCGAAACCGGGACGCCCAAACAAAGCCCCGGCGCGUCGAAUACCGCAUUGGGCGAUUCCAACGGCGGAGGAGGACUAGGAUCGCUAGACCGUGGCACGAGCAUCGCGGUCAUCGUCGUGGUGACUAUCGUGUCCGGAAUAAUCGUCUGGACGGCAGCGUUCCUCCUGAUGCGGCGCUACAAGAGGAUCCAGCAACGCACUGGGCCACCAUCGAGGGGCUCGAGGGGCACGAGGGGCUCGAGGGGCACGAGGGGCACGAGGGGCACGAGGGGAAUGAGAGGCAUCGGUGCCGAGCCGGAAAGCGGGCGUCGCGACCCGAGCGCACACUCGGGGGCAUCGAAGGCAACCGAGGCAAGUCCCGCGUCAGAGCUCGAGUCGCCCCCAGCUAUCGGCAGCACGCCAAAUCCGGCCGAGCUCGAAGGCGAUAUCCCCGUUUCGCCGCCAGCAAGACCAUGGCUGCACCAGAGAUCCUGGCUCCGAAGCCCGUCUCUGCGGCAGCAGCAGCAGCCGCCGCCGUACUCGUUAUACUCCCCACAGUCAAUGCCGUCGACCAGGUCAACGCGCCGGACGGUCCGCGAGUCGUUUGGCGAGAAAGCCAAUGACCCUGCGGCGGCGCUGCAUAGAUUGCAAAUCCCGAAUCCACUGUCGUUUGGACGGCCGUCGCCGGAGUCGGCAAGCCCGAGAAGACGAAGUUUUUGGUGGCUGCCGCGGAGCCCGAGGAGCCCAAGAAGCCCCUUGGCGGCAGCGCGGCCGAGCGCGCAGCCGCCCAAGCCAACACCAAAGUUUGAUCUGAGCGUGCGAGAUAGCCCGCCUGUGGAUAACAGCCAUGCAUACAGCGUUCUUGGCCAGACCGAUAAGCUGCGAUAA